AUGAGCACGACCCGAGACAAUUCGGGCAAGAACCCGUUAAAGGCCGCGAAAAUUGUCCCGAAGGAGAAAUCCGGCGACGCCCUGACGACGUCGUUGAGGGCUUCACUCGCCAUCAUCCUCAUCUUCUCGAUUUCCCUCGCCGUCUACUCCACUCUACACACCACCAUCCGACCCGCCUUCUUCGGCUGGACCCAACUCCCCGACCCGGCCGUCUACAUGGCCCGACUCAACUCCGACCAAUCCCCCACCAACAUCUCCCACUUGGCCUUCGGCAUCGGUGGGUCGACUCGCACAUGGGAAACCCGGCGCCGCUACUCAGAUCUCUGGUGGAGGCCAAACGUCACUCGAGGCUUCGUCUUCCUCGAGCGGAAGCCCGAUUCAAAAAUCCCGUUCGCGAUCCCCCACCGCGUCUCGUCCGACUGGCGGAGGUUCAGGCGCUCGGCCGGGUCGGAAUCGGCGGUGAGGAUCGCCCGGGUUGUGGUGGAUCUGUUCCUGGUCGGGCUGCCGAACGUGAGGUGGUUCGUGAUGGGGGACGACGACACGGUGUUCUUCCCGGACAAUUUGGUGGCGGUGCUCGGGAGGUACGACCACCGGAGGAUGGUAUAUGUCGGCGGGAACUCGGAGAGCGUGGAGCAGGACCUGAUGCAUGCGUACGGCAUGGCGUUCGGCGGCGGCGGGUUCGCGAUCAGCUACCCGUUGGCGGCGCAGCUGGUCGGAAAGAUGGACGGCUGCCUGAAUCGGUACCAUUAUUUCUACGGCUCAGAUCAGAGGGUGUGGGCUUGUGUAGGGGAACUCGGUGUGGAGCUGAGUAGAGAAUCCGGGUUCCACCAGAUAGACAUCAGAGGCAACCCUUUCGGGCUCCUAGCCGCUCACCCAUUGGCUCCAUUGGUUUCCCUUCACCACUUAGACUACGUCGAGCCACUGUUCCCAAACCGGACUCAGCUGGACUCGGUGAAAGCACUAAUGAAGGCCCACAUGCUUGACCCGUCCAGGACCCUGCAGCAGUGCUUCUGCUACCACCGCAAGAACAAGUGGUCGAUAUCCAUCUCGUGGGGCUAUGCAGUGCAGAUAUACCCAGAAAAGCUCACGGCCAAGGAGCUCCAGACCCCAUUGCUGACUUUCCGCACUUGGAGGACCUGGCAAGAUGGCCCGUUCACGUUCAACACCCGCCCUAUGAAUUCCGAUCACUGUAGGAACCCGAUUGUCUUGUAUUUGGACUUGUCCGGGGAAGGGCUUGUUAAUGAUACAGUGACGGCUUACAGUAAGUCCGUGGAGGAGACCACACGGGAUUGCGGCAAGCACUAUUCCCGUGCUGUGGCUGUUGAGAAUGUGGUGGUUUUGGCGCCCAAAAUGGAUCCUCGCGAGUGGAAUCAGGGGCCGCGUAGACAGUGUUGUGAGAUCAAGGGUGUACGACAUGGGACGAUGAGAAUUCAAAUUCGAAAGUGUAGGGACUCGGAAACUGUAACCAUAUGA